AUUUCCGAUUUCCCAGUCAAGAAGGGUGUGACCUAGUGAAACCAAAAACUGUCAUUGAGUAGCGGAUGUCCAGUGACCAGGAUCCCUUGUCAGUUCUGCCUUUCUCUGGUCCUCCUGCCCCUCCCAAGCUUCUCCUGAAGGGAGAGAAGGAAGGGCUAUGCAAAUGAGCACCCCUCUCCUAUAUAGGGGCUUGUCCCAGCCCCCCAGCGUCUUUCGUUGCUGGAAGAAAGAACAAGAUGAGUCUGGUCCUGAGAAAAUGCCUUCUCUUUAUGGCUGUGAUGAGUUCUUUUCUGGCUGUGGGGGCCACAGAAGGACCCAGAAACCAGGACUGGCUUGGUGUCCCAAGGCAGCUUACAACUAAAGCCUGGAACAGGCAGCUGUAUCCAGAGUGGGCAGAAAUACAGAGGCCUGACUGCUGGAGAGGUGGCCAGGUGUCCUUGAAGGUCAGUAAUGAUGGGCCUACACUUGUUGGGGCAAAUGCCUCCUUCUCUAUUGCGCUGCACUUCCCCGAAAGCCAAAAGGUGCUGCCAGAUGGUCAGGUCGUCUGGGCCAACAACACCAUCAUCAAUGGGAGCCAGGUGUGGAGAGGACAGCCAGUGUAUCCCCAGGUAUCUGACGAUGCCUGCAUCUUCCCUGAUGGGAGAGCCUGCCCAUCUGGCCCUUGGUCUCAGACAAGAAGCUUUGUUUAUGUCUGGAAGACCUGGGGCCAAUACUGGCAAGUUCUGGGGGGCCCAGUGUCAGGACUGAGCAUUGUGACAGGCAAGGCAAUGCUGGGCACACAUACCAUGGAAGUGACUGUCUACCACCGCAGGGAGUCCCAGAGCUACGUGCCCCUUGCUCACUCCUGCUCAGCCUUCACCAUUACGGACCAGGUGCCCUUCUCCGUGAGUGUGUCCCAGCUGCAGGCCUUGGAUGGAGGGAACAAGCACUUCCUGAGAAAUCAUCCUUUGACCUUUGCCCUCCAGCUUCAUGACCCCAGUGGUUAUUUGUCCGGGGCCGACCUCUCCUACACCUGGGACUUUGGAGACCAUACUGGGACCCUGAUCUCUCGGGCCCUUGUGGUCACUCACACUUACCUAGAAUCCGGCCCAAUCACUGCCCAGGUGGUGCUGCAGGCUGCCAUUCCUCUCACAUCCUGUGGCUCCUCCCCAGUUCCAGUCACCACAGAUGGGCAUGUGCCAACCGCAGAGGCCCCUGGCACCACAGCUGGGCACGUGCCUACUGCAGAAGUCAGAAGUACUACACGUAGUCAGGUGCCAACUGCGGAGCCUUCCAGAACCACAGCUGUGCAGAUGCCGACCAUGGAGGUCACUACACUCGUACAGGUGUCAAGCACAGAGGGCACAGGUACUACAGCUGAGCAGGUGCCAGGCUCAGAGGUCACAGGUACCACACUUGCAGAGACUGUAGGUACAACCCGUGAAGGGUCAACCACAGAGCACUCUGGAACCACAGCUGCACAGGUAACAACAAAAGAGUCGGUGGAGCCCACAGCUGGAGAGAUGCCCACACCUGAGCCUGAGGGUCCAGAUGCCAACCCCUUCGUGUCUACGGAAGGUAUUACAGGUUCCCAGAGUCCCCUGCUGGAUGAUGCAGCUACCUUAAUCCUGGCAAAGCGACAGACCCCCCUGGAUUGUGUUCUAUAUCGAUACGGCUCCUUUUCACUCACCCUGGACAUUGUCCGGGGUAUUGAGAGAGCUGAGAUCCUGCAGGCUGUGCCAUCCAGCGAAGGGGAUGCAUUUGAGCUGACAGUUUCUUGCCAAGGAGGGCUGCCCAAGGAAGCUUGCAUGGACAUCUCCUCACCAGGCUGCCGGCCCCCUGCCCAGCGGCUCUGUCAGCCUGUGCCACCCAGCCCCGCCUGCCAGCUGGUUUUACACCAAGUCCUGAAGGGUGGCUCAGGGACCUACUGCCUCAAUGUGUCUUUGGCCGAUGCCAACAGUCUGGCAAUGGUCAGCACCCAGCUUGUAAUGCCUGGUCAAGAAGCGGGACCUGGACAGGCUCCCCUGUUUGUGGGCAUCUUGCUGGUGUUGAUGGCUACGGUGCUUGUAUCUCUGAUAUAUAGGCGAAGACUUCUGAAGCAGGGCUCAGCGAUCCCGGUUCCCCAGCUGCCACAUGGUAGCACUCAUUGGCUGCGGCUGCCCCGGGUCUUCCGCUCUUGCCCCAUUGGUGAGAACAGGCCCCUCCUCAGUGGGCAGCAGCAGGUCUGAGUAGUCUCACGUGAUGCUGUGAUUUGCUGAGGGUGGACAGCCAUGCCUAUCUUUUCUCCAGUCUUCCCUUGGAGACUACCAUUACCUGAAAUAAAUACUCAGA